CGGCGAGAACUUUUCAGUCAACGAAUAAUCGACAGGAAUAAGUUUUGAUUUUCUGGCAGGAAGCAGAGGGACCAUUCAGGAUUUAUACGGCGGCGGAACACGGAGACGUCAGCAUGCAGAGGCCGAGCGGUCCCGGCACGGCGUUUUCCAUAGACUCGUUAAUCGGCACUCCGCAGCCGCGGCCGGGCCACUUGCUCUACACGGGCUACCCGAUGUUCAUGCCGUAUCGGCCGCUCGUGAUCCCACAAGCCCUGUCUCAUUCGCCUUUACCGUCAGCCAUUCCUCCGCUCGCGCCUCUAGCGUCCUUCGCCGGCCGUUUAACGAACACAUUCUGCGCGAGCCUGGGACAGGGCAUGCCUUCUAUGGUGGCUCUCACCACCACGCUGCCGGGGUUCUCGGAGACCGCGGACGGUUUCUACUCGCCUCAGGAGAUCACCGGGCCGAGGUUAAACGCAGACGCGGCGAUCGGACGCCAGGAGAGUCCGCACGAAGAACUGCACGCGCGCGACAAAGCAGCCGAACUCCUCAACUUCUCGGAAACUUUCCAGACCGUUGCAGGUGAAACUAAACUGUACAGCUCGGACGAUGAGAAGCUCGAUCUGAAGUCUGCCGAGGCGGCGUGCAGCGAGCGCGAGGACAGCUCGGGAGACAGCGAGAACGAAAGCUUUUCGGACGGCCACAGCUGCGGCUCCAAGAGCAAACUGAAAGCGGGCUCGCACGAGCCUCUGAGCUCCACGUCUGCGGCGGCAGCAUCGGCGGCGGCUGGCGCGUCUUCGGCGGGUAAGAGCCGGCGGCGACGGACAGCGUUCACGAGCGAGCAGCUGCUCGAGCUGGAGAAAGAGUUCCACUGUAAGAAGUACCUGUCGCUGACCGAACGCUCGCAGAUCGCUCACGCGCUCAAACUCAGCGAGGUGCAGGUGAAGAUCUGGUUCCAGAACCGGCGCGCAAAGUGGAAGCGCAUCAAGGCGGGGAACGUGAACAGCCGCUCCGGUGAGCCCGUGCGCAACCCAAAGAUCGUCGUACCCAUACCGGUGCACGUGAACCGCUUCGCCGUCAGGAGUCAGCACCAGCAGAUCGAGCAGGGCGCGAGGCCGUGACUGCGCCAUGCAGCCGCCUUCGCGCGAGCUCCAAAACUCGUUUCUGAAAUGCAUAGAAAUAAAUGCAUGAAGCACAAAAUACGAGGGAAUUAACUCGCGCAAUUAAAACUCGAGCAUCUAGACGGACCAUUAUUCGACCUAGAUGUAUUUUUUAAAAUAAUAGUUUUUUUUUCUUCUUAUAACGUGGCCAUGUCUUUAAUUUAUUGCUUUGUACAUAAUGUGUAAAUAGAAAAAAAUGUGUCUAAACGACACACCCAUGUGCACUAUG